UGGUAUUGAGCGAUUUUUUAGUGGUAAACAAUAACCUAUUGUAGGUUGAAAUGUAUCCUGAAUGUAGCAGCUACAGCCCGCAAUACAGCUAGAAUGAAAAUUGCAUCAUCGAGCCUUCGGGUUCCAUCUAGUUAGCCAAGAACAAACUACAGUCCACAAACAACCAGGAAUUCGAGAGCUCAUACUGAAGAAUCAAGGAAGAGUUGCGUAACGUAACUACAACAUACACAUGACGACAAUAAAAAAUCAUAUAAUUAAGGGUAAUGACUAUUUAUUAGCAAACCUUUUUCGGAUUCUUUUUUAUUAGCCAAACCUAUCUAAUACUAAGAAUUAGUCAAAUGUUAACUUUCAAUUAGCAAUUUUGUUAGUAAUAUUGACUUGACAACAUGCAAUUGACUUGGAAGAGAUACAAGAAUGUCAACAUUCCAAAAUUUUAGUAUUUUAACUAAGAAAAAAGUUACUAUAUUAUUAACAAUAACGUAAAAAUGACUAAUAUUUUUAUGCAUUACGAAAGAUUUGGCUAAUGAAUUAGAAUUAUUAAAACACAAGUUAUCAGAAUUACCAAAACAAUAAAGUUAUUGUUCAUUGCGACAAAAUAGCGUUAACCACUCUUCAAUCGGAAACUCUAACCCCUACGGUGCCGUAAGACACACUUUUAUCGAAAAUAAUGGCACUUUCGUCUGGAAACACUUUUCAUCAUCGGACUAUUGACCGGUUUAAUUCCAUGUGGCCCUUUGUAAUGUAAUUCCGUGGGAAGACCCUGGUGGUUGGCCAAACAUCGGAUGAACUUACCCUAUGGGGUCAUUGAUGGGAACCUGCAGCCUGGGCCAGGUCAGUAGAAGGGGCGGGUUUGGCCAAGUGGCUAGGGGGAGGAGUGGUAUUUUUGUUAUUUGUGUUAGUUGUCUGGAACUCAUACAAAAGGGGUUCAGAACAUUCAUUUUGGGAUUAAGCAAGAAUAAUAUCAAAUCCCUAAUUCCUACUUUUCUCUCUUGUUCUUCCCCAAUUCUCCUCAAUCCCUAAUCUCUCAAUUCUAAUCCAUAAUCCCCAAUUCUCCUCAAUCCCUAAUAUUCCCCAAUUCUCUCCUGUGGUGGUGGACCAGCUCACGAAGUAUGCUCACUUCAUGGCCAUGGCGCACCCCUAUACGGCGAAGACAGUGGCAGAGCAGUUUGUGGGAGUGGUUCGCCAUCACGGAUUCCCGCGGUCGAUUGUCAGUGAUCGAGACUCCGUUUUCUUGAGCCAUUUUUGGCAGGAGGUCUUCACUCUGGCCUAGACUACAUUGCGGAUGAGCUCUGCACAUCACCCACAGACCGAUGGCCAGACUGAGGUGGUCAACCGCUGCUUAGAGCAGUACCUGCGCUGUUUUGCCCAUCAGCAGCCGCGGAAGUGGCUAGCUAUGCUUCCAUGGGCAGAGUUAUGGUAUAAUUCUACCUAUCAUCGGACUAUUCAGACCACACCAUUCGAGGCCUUGUAUGGCAUGCCGCCUCCUUCUCUGGUCCUAUAUCAGAGUGGUGCUAGUCCGGUGGAUGCUGUAGAUCGGUGGUUAGGAGCGCGGAACAAGGCAUUAGAGCAGCUCAAGAAUAAUCUGGCCGCGGUGAACAACAAAAUGAAGCAGUUGGCGGACGCAGGAAGGCGCGUGGAGGAGUUCGAGGUAGGAGAUUUGGUGCUGCUUCGCCUGCAUCCCUACAGACAGGCUUCUGUCUUUCGGUGGGCAUAUCAGAAGCUCGCCGCCCGGUUCUUUGGACCAUAUGAGUUGCUGCAGAAGGUCAAUCCAGUUGCUUGCCGCCUUCGGUUACCCACAGACGCGCGCAUCCAUUCGACCUUCCAUGUAUCUCUUUUGAGGAUGUAUCGGAGACCGGCAGAUCGGAUCGAGACGACGGCGCCGCUAGUCUCGGCGGAUGGAGACCUGGAGCUAACCCCCUUGUAGGUGCCUAGUGGAGGCGCCUAGUGGAGGAAAGCUUGAUUUUGUGGAGGCACAUGGAGCUGGAUGAUGCUACUUGGGAAGAGAUGGUGAUCAUUCGGCAGCGCUUUCCAACGUUUGACCUUGAGGUCAAGGUCAUUCUUGAUGAGGGAGAGGAUGAUGUGAACCCGCAGCCUGGGCCGGGUCAGUAGAAGGGGCGGGUUUGGCCAAGUGGCUAGGGAGGAGGAGUGGUAUUUUUGUUAUUUGUGUUAGUUGUCUGGAACUCAUACAAAAGGGUUUCAGAACAUUCAUUUUGGGAUUAAGCAAGAAUAAUAUCAAAUCCCUAAUUCCUACUUUUCUCUCUUGUUCUUCCCCAAUUCUUCUCAAUCCCUAAUCUCUCAAUUCCAAUCCCUAAUCCCAAAUCUCUCUCUUCUCCCUAAUCCAAUCCUUCUAUCAGUCAUGAAGAAGAGGAGAGAAGGUGAACUAAUGAACCAUUUAGUCACCAAUCGGAGCAAGCCGGAUGUUUAUAAUAAGUUGUCGACCACCGGGAUGUGCUAAAUGGAACAGUUGUAUCUGAUCUCACCACAGUUGUCUCGCCAACUCACCAUCAAUGCAUGCUAAAGAACAUAAUAACAAUUGUCUAUGUAUUCCCACAUGCUAUUCAAAAACAGAGGUUUGCAUGAAAAUUGAAAACCUUCUCUGGUGCUAUGUAUUCCCACAUGCUAAGAAUUGUAACCAUAAAAAAGAGAUAAGAAGAAAGUAUAAUUGCAUUUUGUGUGACCGCUAAUCCAACCGAAUCAAAAGGAAGGUAGAAAAUAUGUCAACAAAAUAAUGAGAAAUUUCUCUCCCAAGUGGUGGAGAAAUCACCCCAAUUAUACUCACCUUCUUCGCCCUUUGAAUCACAAAGGGAAGAUGGAAGACCAAGAUUGAAAGAAAUAAUGGGAACCCGGGGUUGGAGGGAAGUAAAAGAAGAGAUGUCAUGUGGUUAAACUAAAAUAUUAACGCAUGGAGAUUGCAGACUCUUCUUCCGCCAGAGCAGCUUGAAAGGAGGGGGGAAAGGAAGGCGAAAUCAAAACCCUCAUAGUCAUAGGCACUGUCGAUUAGAUUUCAUUUGGUUGCCAUUUGCCAUCGAAAAGCAGAAUUUAGCCAAAGGAUCGGGGAAAACUGAUAGAAAACCGAAACCCAAAAAUUGAACGGAAAAAAAAAGAAGCAUUACAUGAUUAAAGGCACAUGAAGAAUCCCAGUCCGUGCCAAAACCCAGUUGGAGAGGAGUGAUGGAAAUUAACAUGCAUAGCUCGAUCGACUAGGAUUUCGGGACUUCAAAUAAUUUCAAAGACAAGGAUUGAAAACUAUUGUAGAGCCCAAUUCCCCAUCCCUCUAGUUGCGCAAGCGAUGGAAAUAAUGCUCUGGCGUUGAGAAGUUGAUGUGACCAAACAACGCAGCUUUCCUACUUUUUAUGGGUUUUCGAAGCUUUUCUCCAACGAAGAAGAACUUGAACAAAAGAUAAUGAUGGAACACGAUCAAACAUAUUCCAACUCGUGUGAAAGGCCAAUUGGUAUAUGAAACCAAUCAAACAAUCAUCCACUCGUGAAUAAGGCCAAUUGCUAUUG